AUGGUGGAAGUUGAGGCAAAACUGGCCCAGAUGGGCUACGAACUGCCCCCGGCCCCGGAUCCGGUGGGAAACUAUGUUUCCAUCACCCGCAGCGGCUACAUAAUGUGGCUGUCAGGUGUGGGCUCCCGGCGGGCUGGCGGCGGGCGAAUCUCGGGAAAGCUGGGCGCCGACCUGACCGUCGAGCAAGGCCAGGACGCUGCCAGGUGGGCCGCCCUCAACCUGCUCGCCCGGAUGAAAGCCGAGCUGGGCGAUCUGGAUCGCGUGACCCGCAUCCUAAAGGUGGUGGGCAUGGUCAACAGCGACCCGUCCUUCACCGAACAGGCUGCGGUGGUCGACGGUGCAUCCAACCUGUUCGUUGCCCUGUACGGCGAACGCGGACGUCACGCCCGGUCCGCACCCGGCAUGGCCGCACUCCCCGGCAACAUCGCCGUCAUAUGCGACUGCGUCAUCGAGGUCGACCGGCAAGACUGGGAGGCAUGGGAUUAG